AUGAUUGGUUGGUUGGUGGCCGUUCGAGCUGAGAUCGAAAAACGGGGAGGACGCAAAUUCACGCAAGAGAAGCACUCGGAUGAAGACACGAUGCCUCAGCUGCGGUCCAAGACAAGCGUUCGACAAAUGAUACAGAAAGACCCCCAUCGCAUUUCCAGUCUUUUCCUUCAACCCCAGACCCUCCAAUCGCCCACGGAGGAAGAAGAUGGUCAUUCUGUCGGUGCCGCAACAUGGCAAUCUCGCCGCAGUUCAUAUGUGUCGGUCAAUCGUCGCUCAACGGUUGAAUCUCGAUCCGGAUCAGCGUCGACUGGCCGAACUGAGGCCACAAAUCCUACCAACGGUUCUGCUUCGAUCGGGUCUGACAUUCGUUCUUCGUCAUUCACUUCUUCGAAUAUACCCAACUCGCCGCCAAUAGGCACCGGUGCUUUCAGACCUGAUGAGCCUUUGCCGGAAGAGCUUGACCGAAACUAUACGCGCAGCCCGCCUGCUUCUAGUCAAGGGAAACGACAAUCCUUAUAUAUGCCCCCGCCACCUCAGCCUCCCCCAAUUACCGACUUCACGGAGGAGCCGCAAGCGAAUCACCCGCCGCCUAUUCCCGAAGCUCUCAUCCGCAGUGCUUCACCCCCAGCACCUAAUUUCAGUGUCCCCUCGUUUAGCAAGAAAUUCGUUCCGAGAUCUGGGCCGAUCCCCAUUUCUCAUGCCUCUCCUCCUUCGUCAAUUAAUGGAUUCGCACGCCGUGUCGAGACCGACCCAAAUAUGUCUGCAUUUGCAUCUCCUCCCCAAUCCCCGACAUUCAGCGUCGCCAGUUCGCGCUACACGGAUUCAUCGGAGCCCAGGCGUGUACUACGACCCUCGAAUUCAGAGGAUGCCCUGACCAAACCCGUCCGUCCAACGCAGAAUGCCCCAAACUUCUCCCGGGUGCCCAGAACAGCGCCUCCUACAGGUCCUCUACCUGAUCCCAAAGCAUCCUCCCGCCCAGUCAGUCUGGUUCCCCGCUCGAGCAUGAGUCGGAAACCCAUCAAUGCAACCCAAGUCCAACCUGCUUCUCCACCGACAAACCCAAUACCGCGCAAGAGAGUCUCCACUAUAUACCCAGACAACCAAGCUGCUCAGAGCAUGUUACGCCGCAAGAGCAUGCCCGGUCUUGGUUUAACAAGCGGGCCCCCAUCCGCACCACCCCCCAACUGCCCACUCCCUGAACUCCCCUCGCCCACCCCUCCGAUCGCCAUCACCACCCCUGCUAUUUCCACCGGCACGGCCGCCCCGCAGAUGCUAUCACCAUGGUCUCCAACGUCUCCAACGGAACGGUUCUACGGAUCCGAGCCAGUGCGAGAUCACGUCGAGGAUCGGAAGAGUGGUGCCCAUGCCGCAAGCAAUGAUCCAGCAAGCAAUGUCCCACGAACUGCUCGGCAUUCGAAACUGAUCAAGAGUCCCCUGGUCUAA